UUGUGUUACAUUUCCCACGAUGCACCAGGAGAGCGUUUUUCAAUAGCUCUGUUGUUUUGAGCUGCAGAGAAGCCGAUGUUGAGAAAGGCCACAGCGUUGGCUGUUGCCAAAGAGGCAGUCGGACACGAGUAUUCGGGAAGAACCUCUAUCUGGAGAUACGUAUUCAUUGCGAAAUACAUGAAUACACCUUCAAGGUUAAAUAAAGCUCCAUAAAAUAUGGGUCUUUAUUUACUAGCACAUCUCCCGAAAGGCCUGUGAGUGUCUGCAAGUCACCCACUCGUGUCUAAGGAGGAUUCCUCCCCCGUCAACUGAUCCGCACCACUGCCAUGCAAUGACAGCGGCCACGACAACUCCGCAGCAGAUGAGAGACCGGCUGAUGCAGGCCAUCGAUGGCCAAAACAAUCAGAUCUGCAACAUGGUAGCUGUAAUGGAUGUCAUUUCCUAUUUGGAGAAAUAUCCCAUCACCAAAGAAGCACUUGAGGAAACCCGCCUUGGCAAGCUGAUCAACGACGUAAGGAAAAAGACAAAAGAUGAGGAUCUUGUCAAGCGUGCAAAGAAGCUCCUGCGCACCUGGCAGAAGCUGAUUGAGCCUGGGCAGAGUGAGGCACAGUCCAAGGGGCAUAGAGGGCCGCCAGGCGCUGCCAACGGUGCUAACAACCCCUGCCGGGCGGCUGUCUCCCCUCCAGUUGCCAUCCCGCCUUCGGAUAAAAUGGUUUCGGAGCUCAAGAGUAGAAAUGACUUCAACAACUGUUAUUCUCCCAAAGCAGAAAAGUCAGGCAACCGAAAACGCAAAGGGGAGCAGAGGGAUGGACAGCACCUACCAGCGAAAAUCUCUAAAAAAACAGCCUAUGAAAGAACACGAAACUCACGGCUGCCAAUAAAUGGAAUUGGGGCCAGUCCCAAGGCUUUUAUGGACACACUUGAUGCUCAUUCACAUCCAAAAUCAGACAAGGAUGGUGCUGAUCAUCUUGACAACGACAGACUCAACAAAAUUCCCAUCAACGCUGUCAAACCUCACCCUAGCUCACCGGGACUUGCCAAACCUCCUAGCACUUCCGCAUUGCUCAAAACGGCCGUGUUGCAACAGCAAGCCAAAAUGGACCUGGUUGCUUCAGGAAGGGGGCAACAUCAGCCCAAAAGCCCCCACAGAAACUUGUAUAGUCCCAGAAGUACGAAACAGGAUGUGGUUGUUAAACUGUCUGCACCAAAAGCAACAACUCUACUGAGCCCUGCUCAGAGUCCCAGGGUUAUGGACAGCUCUGGACUGGAGCCCUCUUCUUUGCCUUCUCCACAGCCUUUAACCUCAUGUAUCCAGGGUUCCCUCACUGUUGGGCCUCCGCCUGCAGAGUCCGCCCUUCAUCAGGACGGACCGGCAGACGUGGACCAACGCCUUCAGCACAGUACCAGCACAGUACCUCUGCACAACUCAAAAGCCACGUCACGCAGCAAGGUGAAGGCGGAGGGCAAUGGUGCUGCCACUAGCACAGUGAGAAAGAGGAACAAAUACAGGUCCAGAGACUACACAGUGAACUUGGGUGGGCAGCCCACGGAAGAGAGCACAAAACCAUGUAGAUUAAAAGACCGUAGACUUACGUUUGACCCUGUAACAGGGCAGAUAAAAUCCUGGACCCACAAAGAGUCUUACCCAGAAUGGGAGGCUACAGUGGUGCCGGUCACACCAGAACCUCGGACAGAACUGCUCAAGCGGAAUCAAUAUGCACAAAAUACCCCUGUUACUCCCAGUCCAUUCCAACAGACCAACUGGAAAGAGCUGUCAAGGAAUGAAAUCAUCCAGUCUUACCUUAACCGUCAAAGCAAUGUGCUCACUUCAUCUGGGGCUCAAACCUCGGGGGCACACUUUUUCAUGAAUGAGUACAUGGAACAUCAUAUCAAAGAGGCCAGAAAAACACACGUGCUGGUACCAAAUAUCCCUGACACGGACUUACCUGGGGUGAGCCGAGAGGUCAUAAACGAGGACCUCGACAGAAUACACAAAGAGCACUGGCCUGGGGUGAACGGGUGCCAUGACACCAAGGACAACUGGUAUGAUUGGACAGACUGCAUAUCCUUAGAACCACAUGGGGAUGAGAGCAAACUGAACAUUCUGCCAUAUGUCUGCCUAGACUGAGAGGUUAAUCAGCUGUGGUUUCUGAAUUAAGAGGGAUAAAUAGCACCUUCCUUUGCUCCUUUCUUGAGGGUUGUGUAAGUUUGGAGUGCAAAAAGGCACUUGUCGGUGGUAGAACCUGCUCACUCCUUUGCAGAGUUGGUGUAAGAGAGGCCUUGCUAAUUGUGCUGUCUAUAAAAAGCAAUAGCUGAUCAGUGUUCGAUGGGAGACAGCUCAGCUGUAGCAUCACUGAAGUUCUUUGAGUGGAAGGGUUCCAUGCAUUGUGUGCAAAAUGCAAAGAGUUUAAGGUGCCCUGUAACUUUAUUAAGGAACCUGUUUGGCAGGUACAAGCUGGCAAAAAGAAUGAAAUGUGUGGUUAUCAUGUAUGCAUUUAUUUAUCUGGACUUAUUCUCACUAUUUUGUUAGUUACAUACAUGUGCAAAACAACUUUCAUUGAAGUCACUUAUUCAAUCAGUUCUGCUUGUCAGAUAUGGUAAACCUGUGCUUUGCACAUUUUCUCACAAAAAUGUAUGGUUAACGCGGUAGCAACAUUCCAUACCAUAAUACAACUAGAACGGUUCUUGCCCGAACUCCAAUUUAUAUUAAUAUACCGGACAACAAAAUUGCAAUUGCAAACCAGAUGCUAAAACAUUGCAACUUUGUACUGUGAGGAAAAACAGAAAAAAAAACAGAAAAAUAAAUUGUUUAUAUGCUGGAAAUAUACUUGUUACCAUUCCUUUAGAUAUGGUUUGCCUUGUGGAAAACAAUUUGUUUCCUAAAAUGGAGCCUUAGUGAAUGUAUAGAAAUGUGCCAUUUGUGUUCAGUUGAAUGCAGAAGAGAACAUAUUUGAUACUUAGUCCUUUUUAAAUGGACACAUUGAUACAGUAUGUGUUAAUAAAUACAAUGCAUAAAUUGUGAAUGUCUUUCUCCCUUUCAGUGGAACAGUGUACCACAGGAGACGUAUCUGUCCUGAGAUGUUUGCCUUAGUUGAGAGCCUCAGCAGUGGCUUGACUUUUAACCUCAACAUCCACAUUUUAAGUAGUCAAAGGAGCACUCUUUUGAGCCAGUCUUUCUAAAAGUAGUUUACAACAUAUCUGUGAUUAAAUAUAAUAUUUAAUGCGCUAUCCAGAUACAUUUGGAUAAUUUCCCAAUUUUCUAUCUCCGAGUCCCUGGUACAUAAACGCCUCCUGGGGUUAAUUAGGAGCCACUGUCACCCAGCACUUGGCAGGUGGAAAUGUUUUAUGUUGAGGGCCAAUAAACUCCUUUGUGUGCAAAAUAUGUUAAAUAGAAUAAUGUUUUUCCCAAUAUAAUCAAAGAGAAUCUGGAAUACCUUAACAGUCAAUGUGAUUAGAUUCCAGUGUUCUAUCAACGACAACACUUUGGAGAUUUAUUUUGUCGUAAAUAUUGGUCUGGACUGUCAGGCAUGUUUGUUUUGCACAAUCUAAUGAAUUGAAAGAAGGCUGUCAUUGUAAAUAGAAAUGUGUUAACUGACUUGCCUAGUUAAAGUUAAACAAGUUCAUAAUCCUUUCAGUUGCCAGCUACACAGCCAUUGAGCUACAAAAUAUAACGUGAAAGAGUAUUUAGUGGUGCAUGGUAAAUAUGUCAAUAUGAGCAGUAUAGUUUAAAUAUUUAAAUUAUUUGGGACCUCUGCUGUAAGGGGGUGACGCAAUCAGCUAGAAGUAAAUUGCCGCGUUCAUGUAUUAGUUGGAAUU